AACCUAGAGAAAAAACCCCACCUGACACUGUCAUCAUUCUCAAUUUUACUGCUUUAGAUCUCAGCGGUGCUUCUAUGCAAAUACAAUAACAAUGGAAAUCGUCAAAAGCAAUGCAAGUGAUGCAAUAUUACAUUUAGAUGUCUGUGUUGAUAAGCUGUCACCUCGGCCUGGGAUAACAGAACUUCUUAAAAAACUAAGACCACAGUGGAAACCAGAAGAUAUUCAGAUCAAGGCUUUCACUGAGGGUAUCACCAACCAGUUAAUGGGCUGCUAUGUGGGCUCUCUGACAGAAGAUCCUGUUGUACUGGUGAGAGUUUUUGGACAGAUGACUGAGCUGUUUUUGGACCGAGAAAAGGAAAAGGAAAUGUUCAGAGUGCUACACAAAUAUGGCUGUGGCCCUAGACUGUACUGCAGUUUUACCAAUGGGAUCUGCUAUGAGUUUGUCAGAGGAGUUGUGCUGGAUGACAUAUUACUCAAACGGCCAUCUGUUUACAGAUUGAUUGCAGCAGAAAUGGGGAAAAUCCAUGCAAUAAAGGAUGGAGAGAUUGAAAACAGUUCACCAGUGACACCAGUCCUGUGGUCCAGAUUAUCCAACUUCCUGAUCCUGGCUCAGAGUUCUGAUGCUCCAGUACAGUCAAGAUUCAGUGUCCAUCUGGAGGCACCAAACAUAAAAAUCAUCAUCAAAGAGAUAGAGGAGCUAAAAAGUCAUCUUAACCACAUCGACUCCCCAGUGGUGUUGUGCCACAAUGACCUCCUGACUAAAAAUAUAAUCUACAACCCUGAAGAAGGCACAGUAAAAUUCAUUGACUACGAGUAUGCUGAUUUUAAUUACCAAGCUUAUGACAUUGGAAACCAUUUCAAUGAAUUUGCAGGUAUCAAUAAUGUUGACACCAGCCUAUACCCUAGUUGUGAGCUUCAAUUUGAUUGGCUUACUGCUUACUUGGAGAGUUUUAAGCGGUGCAGUGGUAUGGAGUCGUCUGUCACUAAGAAAGAGGUCAAAGAACUUUACAUAAAAGUCUGCAAGUUCUCUUUGGUGGCUCAUUUCUUCUGGUGUCUAUGGGCUCUGCUGCAAGCUAAACAUUCUACUAUUGACUUUGACUUUCAGAGGGAUCAGUUAUGGUUAAGGUUACCCUUGGGUCAACACAAUAUCAGGUUGAGAGAAAUAAUCUACUCUAGAUGGACUCUGUUGCUAUCGAUUCUUAAGAUAUGCUAUGGCUAGAUUCAACUACUACUUUGAGAAGAAGCAGGAGUUCUUUGGAAUGACACUUCAGUAAUUUUUCUGCAUGGAGACAAAGACAAGCUGCUAAAUGGGCCUAUGUAUGGAUAACAAAAACUAUUAACUUCCAAAAGAUAAAAUUGAUUUAAAAUGCCUUAUAAAAAAUCCAGGCAUUAUUUGAAAUGACAUUUGACAUUUUGAACUAAAACAAAACCCAUCAGUAUAGUUUUAUUUGGAUUUCUUCUAAAAUUGUAGAAAUAAAUGGUACAGGAAAUGGGCAAAAGAGAUUAUGCGAAAACAUAAGAUGAAGAGGAAUAAUGUAAGAGUUCUCCAAAAAUGGAAAUUAAUUAUGUACAUUCGGCCUGUUCUAAUGUAUGUACUAUAAGGCUUAUAGGCUAUAUGUACAAAUAUGUACAAUUAAUUUGAAUAUUUCUUAUGUAUAACAAAACAUGUAAGAGUUGAAGAAAACUCAAUAAAGGAUCAGGGGUCUCAUUUAUAAAACUGUGCGUAGGAUCCUUACUAAAAGUCUACGUACGCACAAAAGUCAAAAAUAGCGUACACCAGCAAGCAAUGUUCCUUUUAUAAAUCACAGAUCACCUGAAAGUGUGCGUACGUGAAUCUGCCUCAUAUCCCGCCCUACACGGCCAUUUUUAACCAUAAAUAGUCAACGCAAAUCACCUCCUGAAUGCUGAUACUCAUAUUAAUGAGACUGGCAUCCAGUUGUUAGUUCGUAAGCUAAAUGCACCCAGCCAAUAAACACAAGCCAUUGUCGUAAUCGUCCAGCAUUACACACAGGGGGUUACCGCAGCAUUUAUAUAUUUUUACUUCAAUUUAAUCGCACACCUUGCCAAAAUUACACCAUUAAUGAUAAGGUAUCACUAAAAUAAAAUAGAUAUGAGUUUUCUGCUCCUUUUGUGCACGCGUCUGAUAGCAUGAGCAUUCUGCAGAGCAGACAUAUAUAAAAAAUGAAUCAUUUAAAUUUGAAAACAUAAAUCAAUUACCUUUUACCUAACAGACUUGCAUUAACUUGUACACAUGUGAGUAAAUAUUUAUUUUAGUGUAAUAGGCGAACACGUUUAUUCAUGACUGUUUUGGUUUUAACAUCAUAUAUUAUAAAGAUAACAUAUAGAGACAUAAUUGUCUGGGAGCUCGACGGCUAUAUUUCCACACUUUGACAUUUGAUGUUAUUUACAUUGUGUUCUGCAGUUAUCUAAUGGAUGCAAAUUUGAUGCUAUCCUGUAUUCAAUGCAGUCAGGCCAUCUCACACUCCCGUAUCUGACAAUGUGACCUUGAGACAGCGCUGACUAAAUAUUUAAAAUGAUUUUUGAUUUAAAAUAAAAUUUUACAAGAUGUAUAUGAAACAAUUACCACUUAGUACAAGUGCAAAUAACACUGGUGGAUUUCAUAGUCAUGAUAACAUGGAUCUAACGUAUAAAAUAGAGUGAAUUUAAAUAUGUGUGUGUUAUCAAUACUUAAAAUCGUUCUUGUCAUAUUUACUUUCUUCAAUCUAAUUUCAGUUUACUUUCUCUCCAUCUGUGUCGCCAAUUCCCAUUAAUUGUCUCCAGAAUGUGAGUACGCAUGGGUCAGUUUGCUUACAGGUGUGUACUGCCCUUCGGCUGUGUCGGCGAGAGAUUGCCAAGUUUUUUUUUAUAGAUCACAACCUUUGCAUACGCACGUUUUCAGCCCCGUUUUGUGCAUACGCACGCUUUAUAAAUGAGGCCCCUGAUGUGUGCAGAUGGUUUUUAGUUUUAGUCAUAGUCUUUUUAAUAAAAUGCUAUUUAGUUUGUCACAUUUUAGUCAUCUGAAUUUUUUUGUUUUAAUCUAGUUUUAGUCAACUAAAUGCCAUGAGAUUUUAAUGUGUUUAAAUCACUGAUUCUUGAAACUUUGGCAAAAACAUGUCCCACUAAGAAAAGUGCUAAUUCUGUUGGAAAUUAAUAACAUUUUCAUGAAGAAAAAUAAUCAAUGUUAUAAUCAGGGGGUCCUUUGCACAUAUGUAAGGUUCUUUUAUAGGUUUAUUUUUAUUUUUUAUUAAUUUAAUGAUUAUAUGCUGGCCCAUUGCUUACAAAAUCAGUUGUCCUCGGUUAAGAGAUAAUCAUUUCAACUUGAUUAAAAAACCAAAAGUAAUAAUUGAAUUGAAUAAUAUAUUUACCACAUGAAAGGGUACAUUGUAAUAUGUAUUAAAAACUACAAACAGUGUGUUUUGAACAAUAUUUACUAUUAUUUUAUUAUUGCUCAAAAUGUGUCCCACAUAUUCGUCACCAUCGUCAGAUAUUUAUAAAAAGCAAUAAAAUCAGACAACUACAGGGUUAACUGUAUUCCUGAGGACCCCAUUUUCAAACCUUCAGCUCUACUGCAUGCUUCAAGAUCACUCAAGCUCCUAGUAGUAUGUUUGCUAUUUUCUCUUAAAUUUGUUCAUAUUUUUGGACACUGCUACUGUGACAAACAUAACAUGUCAACACCGUCAUCUUUGUAAAAAAGUACUAGAUUAGAUUAUGAAAUAAAUGUAUAAUUUUUAAAAAGAGUUCUGAAGUAGUUAGCAACAGAGGGGAAACAAGAUGGCUAAUGUGAACAACUCAUCUAUUUCUAUCUAUAUUAGGUUUUUGUCACCACCGUCAGAUGUCACCACCGUCAGCUUUUCUGUCUUUUCUGUCAGGUUUUAUGUAUUUUAGAAAGUUAUGAUUUGAUAUUUGUUCAUCACAGUGCUCAGGAUUGUUAUUUUUUGGAUCAAAUAUUUACAUAAAGUUUAAGCAAGAAGCCAUUGACUUGAGUGGUAUACAUUUUGGAAUAAUGAGGCCAAUGUCAUCACCGUCAGACGGAGUUUUAUUUGUUUUAAAUGAAUAUGCUUACAAUAUGUUUCUUCAGUGCUGUUGAGUUAUUAAAUUAAUUGUCUCUAUUAAUAAAAAAAUAUUAAUAAAAAAAUUUACUUUUUCUAUUUGGGCUUAAAGUAAAUGUUGUAUGAUUUAUAACUGGAAAAACGCCUAUUUUAUGAAAAAAUACGAACAGGGGAGGUUGCACCAGUAAAUUGCUGAACAGCCAAGACCUUGUUCUAUAAUGAUAUACCUUCAGAUUUUGUAAUUUAACUAACUUUUUUUUUCAAAAUGUAACUAACUUUUUUUUCAAAAUUUAAACCUGUUUUAUCCAAAUUCCCAAGAAUCACUGAAAUGUCAUUUUAACUAAACAUUUUAAAGUCUAAUUGAAUGUGUUAUGCUGACAAAUAUGUAACUGCUGUGAUAUAAAUAUUCUUAUUUAUCCUGAAAAAAACAUAACCUUAAUAUUUCAGAAAAGCCCAGUAAUUAGAGUCCAGUAGGUUGUAAAAGUUUAAUAGGUUGUUUUCAGGUUGAUUAGGACACUUGUAACAUUCAUUUCAAUGCCUGAAUUUACCCUCCAUUGUUUAAACAAAGAGACAGUGGAUACUGGACUAUGAAUGACAUUAUCAGUUUAUUCAAUUAAUUAAAGCUCUUAUUCUGA